CUAACGGCUAACCCGACCCGAUCUGUUUCCUUCCUCUCUCGCGCGAACGCCCUACGCCGACGGCUGUCCCGACGAUCGGCGAUUCUCUUCUUCCUCUCUCGGUGUCGCCGGCGAGGAGCAGAUCUUGGAGCGUUGAGGGGAAGGGGAUAGCUACAACCGAGCCCUUCUUCCCGACCUUUCCCUCUUCUUUGGUCUCGGCAAACAGCAGCGACGGAUCUCCGAUCCAUCGAUUUCGCCUGCUGUCGGAAGGGAAUCGAGGGCACCGGCGUUGGAUCUGGUUAGCGUCGACCGAUUGGGUGAGUUAACAACCACUGUCUUCUUCCCGAUCUCCUUCUCUGUUCGUCGGCAAGAACAGAUCAUGCCCUAGCCGUGAUUUUUGGAGAGAUUGGUGUUUUGGUUCCGGCCACCACAGCUUCUUUUGGGGAUCGUCUCCUUCGUCGGAUCUGUGAUCAACACCAGCGAUUGAAGUGGAAGAGGACCUUGAUCGGAGCCGAGCAACGUGACGUGGGUGGUUCUAUUGAUACGAGAUAUCUCGAGGCGGGCAAUGUAUUUGGCUCAUGGGAUCACACGGGCCUUAGCUCCUCCUGUACAGAAAUUCCAGUCAUCUAUUAUUUUGAAGUGGAUAUUGGGGUUUUGUUGGUACUUAUUGCAUCUUGUGGUCAGUCUAGUGGACAUGGUCUGUUUCCUGAAUCAUUUGCUACUUUCCAGCAUCAUCUCAACUGGAUUGCUAAGGAAGUACCAAAAUCUAAAGUUGAACAAUCUAAACUGUCUGGCUAUUGUUGUUGACAGUGAAGAAGCAGAAGAUAUAACAAAGACCCAGAAACUUCUAUCCUGGCUAUCAUCUAUUGAUGUCAAAUGUAUCACACUUUAUGACUUGCAAGGUGUGUUGAAGAGAACUAUUGGAAAUGAUUUUAAGAGCAUGACAAAUACAAGUUUGAGAGAAUGCAAGAUGUCAAAGAUGACUGUCGAGAUACUUUCCUUAUCUGAUGGCAAAGAAGGGAUCGCUAAAGCAGCUAAUUUUCUGAUUUCUAAAUACAUGAAAGAUGAUUCUUUAAGAUGCAACGGGACAAAACCAACCUUCUCGGAAUCUCAAGUAUCCAACGCCCUAGAAGCAAUAGGCUACAAAGGACCUGACCCUGAACUUCUCCUUGUCUAUGGACCUGCCAGAUGCCAUUUAGGUUUUCCUCCAUGGAGAUUGCGCUACACAGAGAUCAUUCAUAUGGGUUCCCUGAGGUUCAUGAACUACGGUUCUCUCGCGAGGGCUCUGUACGACUUUUCAAAGAAGAACCAGAACUAUGGCAAGUAGUUGCACAUUGUAAAUGUAAAAAUAGUUAAACUUAUGACACACUUAAGUAUUUAUCCAUAUUAACUUUGUUACUAAAGUUUGGAAGGUGUAACUAUCAGAUCAUAUUUUGAAUCCAUAAAUUUUCUUGGUGUUGCCAAGUUGAGGUAA